CAUUGUUCAUCGGACCUUUGCGCUGUUUGCUUCGUUGGGUGUUAAUCUUCAUCGAAAAAGUUUUAAAAAUUGUGAUUUUCAAUUAGGCAUUGAUUUUUGUGUGUUCUCAUUAAAUUCUCUGCGUCUAUACUAUUUUAUUGAAUAUUGUCAGUUAAAAUGACGGACGUUGAAAUGAAAUCUGCUGAAAAAUCGACAGUCGAAGCUGAGGCCGAGGUCCCGAAAACGGACAAUGAACACCAGCGUAAAGUUAAUGUUGGCAACUUGCCGAGUGAUGUGACGGAACAACAGCUACGCGAUUUCUUUAGUGGACAUGAAAUUGAAAAGGUGGAGAUUUUCCACUAUCGCAAGUACACUUUGGCUAUGCUCUUGUUCAAGGAUAAGGAAGCAGCUACGAAAGCAAUCACCGAAAAGGAAGGAUCCAUUUUCCGUGAGCGUCGUCUUCGUAUGCAUUUGGAAUACAUUACUAUUCGGCAUAUUAGGCGCGAUGUCAUCGUUGUUGUUGUUGAUGAUGAAAAUACAACUGAGGAGCAACUAUGGGAUAAGUUGAAAGUAGCGGGUGUGGAACCGACGUCCAUUUUACUUUUUCACCCCUUGGGAUAUGUCUCCUUACCUAAGGAUUCGGAUAAAGCAGCAAUAUUGGAAAAAUUGAAUAGCUCGGGUUUCAAUGCGCAUGACGUUAAUCAGCGCGAUCAAAAUCAGCAUCUUGACAUUUGGCGUGCUGCUAAGCUAUUUUUCCGCAAUCGUAACCGUGUACAGUUACUAAACAUCCCUAACAAGUGGAUCGAGAACAAGGAGGAAAUGAUGAAGCAAUGUGCUGAGGGUGGUACAAUUACGGAAGCAGUUUCAAAUAAUGUAAGCCAAAAUGCUUCUAAUUAUGCUCGAAUUUUUUACGAGACGGAAGAACAAGCAGCUAAGGCGGCCACUGUUCUUAAUGGUCGUGUGUUCGAAGGUAAACGUAUCCAUGCUCUGCACCUAGGAUCAGCUUUGAUUCCUAAUUAUAAGACUUCGGUGUAUGUUAAUGCUUUGGAAAAAACAACUAGUGAAGAACAGGUGUAUGAUCAUUUCAAGCAAUUUGGUGAAAUUGACUUUGUAAAUCGUCGUAAUUGCAAUGAUGCUGCUAUUAUUUGCUUCAAAUCAGCAGAAUCGAUUGAAAAGGCUUUAGCAUGUACGACUUUUCCAGCUGCUACUGAGGAUGACAAAGAUGCUACUAAAGAGGUAUCAGUGAAGAAGUACGAUGGUCCAUUAGUACUUCGACCACAAGCUGUUAAGCGCAAAAUUAAAACUAAUGAGGAUGGUAAACCAAUUGAUACUGAGGAAAGAACAAAAGAACAACAGGAUGUUCUGAAAAAACUACAAGCAUAUUAUCCUGUAUUUGUUGCCAACGUUCCGUUGAACUGUCCUCCGUUGGAACUGAAGCGUUAUUUUACUCAACAUGGACUGAUAAAAUUUAUGUUCUCGCCCCAGAUCGUUCCAUAUCGUACAAGUGCUCCGCACCCGGUAAAAACAUUUAUAAUCUACUAUAAUUUCAAGGCAAGCGCACAGAAUGCUUGCAAAUUUCUCGAUCAUAAAUUUUUUGGUGGCCAUCGUUUGCACGUGCUUCCUUUGCGCGGUGAGCAAUCUUUUGAUGUAUCAAAAACUUUGAAAUUGACAAAAAUUCCAUACUUAUCGGAGGAUGCAUUAUUCAAGAAGAUCAAACCAUAUGUUGGUAAAAUUAAUCGUAUUGUCAAGAAAUCACGAUUAGCUGCAUAUAUUGAACUCAAUGAUCCUGCCGAUGUUGAAAAGAUGCUGAAAACUGAUGCGGCAGAUCAUCCAUUCCCAAAGGGCAGAAUUGAAGCUAUCAAAACCGCUGUGAAUGUGCGUCUCUAUAAUGAGAAUGAUUCACGCGUAUUAAGUGGUAUUGCUAAAAUUAUCUCGCAGAAUCCUGAUAUGUUAAAGCGAACCCCAACGUCUCAGGGAGGUCCUAUGAAUAAGCGUCCCCGCCUCAAUGGCCCCGGUUUUAAUCAAGGCCCAGGUGGCUUUAAUCCCAAUAACAAUCUGAACAAUCCCCAAGCUAUACAAGAUUUAUUGCGUCUUGCGUUCAUGUCAGGUAAAAACGUUGGCGAGAGUCUGGCUUCUAGUCAGAACUCAUUUGAUGGUCCCGAUCCACCAAUUGCCAGUUCGAACAACUUUGGCGACGGUGGUUUCGGCAAUCGUAAUAACAAUCGAAAUAAUCAAGGCGGUCAAGGCAACUUCCGUGGCCAAGGAAGAAAUAUGAACCAGAACAACCGUGGCAAUGCCAACAAUAGUUUUGGCAGCAAUAACGCCGGCGGUAACAACUUCCAAAAUGCCCCCGGUAUCAAUCAGAACCGUGGUGGUCAGAACGUAGCGAACCGUGGUAAUCAGUCGAACAAUCAAAACCGCGCUGCAAAUAAUGAAAUUGUUAACGUUGGCCAGAACCGCAAUAACCUGAAUCAAGGUAACCGUGUGCAGCCAAACAAGUCUGGCCCCGGAAACAACAUGAAUCAAAAUAGGAACCAAGGUGGCGGUAAUCUGAACCGCAACCAGAAUCAAAAUCGUAACCAAAAUAAUCGCAACAACAACUUCGACAAUGACUCCUUUGGAGGAGGUAAUAACUUUGGCAAUAAUCGUAACAGUUUUGCCAAUGAUAAUUUUAACAACGACAAUUUUGGUAACAAUCGUAAUGAUAAUAGCUUCUCAAACGACAACUUUGGAGGCAACAACCGUAGUAACUUCGGCGGUAAUAACCGCAACCAGAACGACAAUUUUGGCUCGUUUAGUGGUGGAAAUAGUAGCAGCAGCAACACUGGCAAUAACAGAUUCAAUAACGAUAACAACCAGUUUGGUGGCAAUUUCAACCGUAACCAAAACAAUCGUUUCGAUGACGAUAACAACUUCGGUGGUAACAACCAAAAGGGUAACAACUUUAACCCGAACCGUCAAAACAAACAAUUUAACAGUGGCAACCAGGGAGGUGGUAUGUCUUUUGGUGAAUUUAAUUCGAAUUCCAACCGUGGGAACUUCGGCGGUGGUAAUUCUAGCAGUAAUUUUAACCCUGGUAAUGCCGGUGGUGGAAACAAGUGGAACAAUUCAAAUUCCCAACAAUCGAAUACGAGCAGCCGCCUCGCUGGUAGCAUUUUCAGCCGCCGCUUUUAAACAGCAGGCAUUAGUUGUUUAAAAUAUAUUGACUAUAUAUGGGCUGAAUGACGCAAAUUUGAAACAGAAUUAAACGACAGUAACAUUAUCUAUGUAAAAUUUUAAAAUACAUAACAAAACAGAAAUAAUUAUAUAAGCUGGUCUACAAGUGACCGGACAUAAAGAAGUAUUUAUUUCAUUUUAAAGCUUAGGAUUUUCUGUAAGCUAAAAAUAUUUUUCGUUCGAUAUUGAUAAAAAAGUUUGUAAUGAUGCCCAUUUACAAAUUAGAUCAGUUUUAAAUAACUUCAAAUGCAACCAUAAUAUCUAGUUACAAAAGUUUGUAGUAAGAAUAAUUUGCUUGUUCGGAUAGUAUAUGCAUUAUCCAACGGCAGCGAUAGGACAGUACUAAUGACGAUAAAAGGUUGAAAAUUGUAUCCAACAUUUAUGCAUACUUCAAUAACAUCAGCAUCGCAUUUAUAUGUGAUGAUUCUAAGUAUAAUAAGCUCAUAUUAAAUAAUUUAGUGUGAAUCUGAAAUAAACUGUGCAACACUGAAGUGAAAAAUUAAAAAAAAACUUGUUUUCAUGAUGAUUAAAUUCCGACUAGUAGAGAAUCAGCAGUGUAAUACUGUUGCAGUUUCGUGUUUGAGAAAUGGUAGCACACUGAAUGCAGAUGUGAUAUGGAUGCAAAAGAGCAUAAAAUGUGUUCUGCUAAAUCUCACACGUAUAGCUGCUCAUACACAUAAUACAAUUUUCUUUUUAUUUUUGAUAUUACAGACUGGCACAUGUAUUAAUUUGCAUCAAUCCGAAAAAAGUUCAAUUUGUAUUAGUAAGUAGUUAGUGAACCGCAACAGUUUUUUGGGCUCUGUUUCGAACGAGUGGUAUUAGGUUCUUCAUAUAUUUUUCAUCGUUGGUGAUGAUAUAGUUGAAAACAUUGGGGAUUGAAAGGCGUCAGUAACAAGUCGCGCUCAGCAUUGCACUUGUUGUUUUGAAAGAAAAUUAUUGUUUGCAUGUGCUAUCAGUAAAUAUCUAGUUUUUGGUUGCCACGUUGCCGUAUACUACAAGGAAAAAGUAAAGAUUGGGUAUGGUUAAAUAUAAAAUCAUAGAAGCUUUUUGGAACCUAGAUUAGGCGACGAAAUGACUUUACAUGAUCUCGCAAAAUUUCGUAAGUAUCAUAAGUUGCAAGAAAUUUAUAAUGUUCCAUAAAACCGCAUAAAAUUUAAGCGUUUAAUAAGUGCGCGUUUUCAAUUUUUGUUCAUUUUUUAAUUACUAUUUACGAAUAUAAGUAUCAGAUUAAAGAUUUCGUGACGACUUCUGACGUGAUUUCACACAAGAUUCUUUAUUUCUUCCAAACUUCUGUCGAAGUUGUUGCAGUCCACCUUAAUUAGUUUUGAGGAAUUUUAGUUACUAUAUUUGAAUUUUCAGAUUUUGGAAAAAAAACGCCUUUGAAAGUACCAUUUAAAAAUUCCUCGCCUUUAUCUUCUAAUAAUACAAAUAAAUUUAGUUGUAAGUCUUCGACUUCAAUUUGUUCUAGUAAUUUUUAACUUACUGCCAUUUGAUAUAUUAAAUGAAUCAUUUAAUCGGAUCAAAACUACCUUUUCAGAUUUGGGAACAAAUGUUUCAAAUGGACAAAACGUAAAAUUUAACGAAAUAUCAAUAUUUCAGAAAAAAAAUGUAAAGCAAUUAGUGGACGUAUAAGAUCAAAUACUGUGUGUUUUAUUUGUGAUUUUGGAUUUUUAAUUUAUUUUUCUUAACGUGAAUUUUGAAAAAAAAAAUUGAUCUAUUUUACAUGAUGGUCUAGAAUUGUUGCAUAUAUUUUUUAAACUUGCAAUAUUACGUCUUUUAUGGUUGAUAGCAAGCACGAAACUAUAGCUACAAAAAUGUUGAAAUCAAAAGCUCAAUGGAAACUGGUAUACAUUAUGAUGGCUAUGGUUAUAAUUUCUAUAAGUACUAGGUAUGGUAAUCAAUUGUUGUGAUUUUCCUGUCGCAUUCUUGAGAUACAAAAAUUUUCUGAACAAACCAAAUUAAGCCAUCCUAACAAAUAAGCACAGUUCGAAUAAACAUGCAAUAAUUUUGAGCACGUUAAAUCUAAAAGGUUCGCAGGAAGACUUUCAAUCUGGUUUUUAUAAUGUAUGGCCAAGGUUAAUAAUUUUUAAAGUUUUUAAUUUCAAAACUGCAUAUUAAAAAAUGAGAACUCUCAAAGUGGUUAAUAUAAGAGAUCGAAUUUUUUUCUUAAGUAUUUAUAAAACAAGUCAUCGAUUUUUUGGCAAAAAGUGAUUUUUCUAUUUUACGAGAAAGGUUAGUAUUGUGAAAUUUCUACAAUGGUCCAUAAUAAUUAAAUCCUAAACAAUGAGUUGCUUUCAUUUGUUGAUAUGCGUAUGGAAUAUAUAGAUUUUUUUUACAUAAAAUAUAACUCAAUUUUUAUCUGUUUUUAGUACAACCAGAACGAUUCCAGUAAGUAGAAAUGGUGUAUGGAAAAGGUAAGAUAGUAUGUGAUAUGAAAAAAAUACAACGAUAGCUGGUGCAACAAUAUUGUAAGCGUUGAUUCAAUUCGAUGCCAUAAGAAAAUGUAAUGUCAUUAAUAGAAAAAGUUUGAAUAAAUUGCAAUAAUAAUAACUGACUGUCGCUGCUACGAUAUUGGUUCCUUUCAGGUUUGCAUCCUGGAUUCAUUUAAUAAAUCCAUUCCGCUCGAAUACCGCUCAGCACAAUCAUCGAACAGUCGUAUUUAGAUUGACAAAAAUGUUUGCUCGUAAAAUGCUAUAGUUAAAAGAUGUUUUUUCGACUUCUGUAUCAUUCAAAUUUGGAUAGUUUUAGUUUUAUAUUGUGAGUAAAUUUUAUCAUGCCUUCAAUUUCUCGCUAAAGAUUGGACUUACUGUACAUAUUCUUGUUGCGGAAAAUAGUGAAGUAGAAGUGGAAGUGACGACGGAAAUAAGGGCAACUAUUAGGGUAACGGUACCCCCAUUCAUUUCAGCUCCAUUAGUCAUCUCGUAUACGAAAACCAUUAGUAAGAGUGACAUAUGUUGUCUCUGUUCGAUAGAAUAACUUGAAGAGAAAGAUGAAAUUAUGAGAGAGAGUUUUCGUGUCGAUAUAACAACAGUUUUGAACAAUUUUCGAACUACUCUUUCUACAGUGUUGCUUUUCAGAGUCGAAGCAAAAAUAUUUUAUUUGAUUUUAUCACAUCAUUGAUGGAAGUCGAGUAAUCGGUAAAAUCGCAUGGUGACUACUAAUGACAUGACUAUUGGAACAUCCACCUCUAUUCUGCAAUCCGACAGAUUUGUGAUACGAACGAAUCUACACUUUCGUUCGGGUUUGAAUUUUGCAUUCUUUAUUCCGUUCGACUUGUAUAUUUCGAUCGACUCUCGUUCGGGAACACUUGAAAUUUCGAACACUAACCAUCAAAGGUGCCCAGUAAAUUCGAACAUCGGACGCAUCGUGCACGAAAGCUUUUGAUUGUGUUUCGAGCUUACAUAGUGUAUCGGUAGAACAAAAGAGUGAAGAUAUACCAAAGCAGAGAGCGGAUAUCCAAUACUCAGGUGAUGGGAUAUAUCGGGGUUAGAUUUCCAACCUCAAACAUAGGGCCAGAGUUUUUCUGGUCCUAAGAGGCGAAUGACCUAAAUGUUAAAGCCUCCAUGAUCGAGACAAAAGAAUUUUUUAACACUCUUGCACACCCUAUCGGGGAGACGUCGGCUCGAAAAUGCCUUGUUUGAUAUUCCUUCGCUCUGUUCCUAUAGCGAUACAUAAUGUAAACAUAAAACUAUUUUAGGUCGACGCGGUUGAUGCAAAUGGUGCAGAAUUGUCCGAUGACGGGCCGAUCGAAGCGCUACCAUCGGCCCCAUAUCGUGCUCAAUCGGACCGAUGAUCGGACGACAAAUUUCGCUGGGUACUUUACACGUUCUAUAUUAUUUAUCGCCCUUAUUCUGAAUAACGUCGUAUCUUUUUUCCCUCGUAUUUCAUUUGUAUUCCCCAUAACGCUAGCAAAAUCAAAGGUAGCUAUGAUUCGAUCGAACCACAUUCGAUGGAAAAAUCAAUACGUCGUUAUUCAGAAUAAGGGCGUAUAUUAUUCAUUUCUUAGUAAACAAAACCGUCGCACUUGUAUAAACAAAUUAGAACGAUUCUGAACCGAACAGAAGUAAUACGUACGCAAGUCGAUCCAGUAAUGUUCGAAAAUUGAACAACUCGAACGGAACAUCAUUUUUUAAUUUUUUCGUGGAAAAAUAUUGUGAAAUAAGUCGGUGAAGAGGUAUUUUGGAAGACACUUCUUAAAAAUAAUGAUUUGCGGUGUGCUGCAAUGUGUCUCAGUGCAGACUUAUCAGAAGUCAACAAAUUAAAGCAGCAUAGAUGAAGUAAAUGUUUUUCUAAACCUCGACGUUUUUGUUUGACUUUUAGUUUUCCAAAAUUUUUGUAGCUGUAAAACCUCCCCAAAGUAUCAAACAACAAAAAGGGAUAACGUUGGGCUCUGGCAUUGUAGAAACUGUGUGCAAAAUUUGAAAAAAAAUUGGUGCAGUUGUUUUUGAUGACGAUACAACACUCAAACCAACAGACUGAGUUACCAGCUUCGAUGCUGAAAAUGUACAAACAGAUUGGAAAAUGAACCAUUCCAUAUACUUACCGACGAGCGUGCCCUUUAAUAGUAUUGAACCUUUCUGAAAAAGAGUAUGCAGUAUUCUCUUUUCUCUCAAAUGCAGGCAAUGGGUUCAGAUUCCUGGGUAGUAGAAGUGAUUCAAGCACACUAUCGCUGGUGAACCAUUUAUCAUCAAAGAAAACUGUUGAAUUUGAAUGUAAAAAUAAUUUAAAUCAUUAGAGUAUUUAAGCACAAAAAACUAAAUUUAGAAAGUUUCAAGCUGCUGCAGAAUAGAUUUUUCAUAUUAUCUUUUACUACCAGUAGCUAUGAUUCAUGUUUCAGAGUCAGAGCUUAUGUUCCUUUAAGUGUACGGAAUAAGGAAAGUUUCAUAAUGAAUGGGCACUGCAUUGAAACUUAUUUCACUCGUGCCAUUCAUUCCUAGGUCUUGGCUGCAAGUAAUGGCCAAAUAGAGUCAAAAAGAAGAAGAAGAAUGCUUCAUUAAACGAUCAAUAACGACGCCGGUCACGACCAAAGGCUGUGCUACUGAGGAAAAGGAAGAAAUGUUAGUCCGAUACUCGCUGUUUCUAGAGACCGCGGGUACUACUGUAUAUCCUCGAGCAUCACGGGAUAGAAGAUGUGUUAGUAGGGAGGGAAAGAAAUCGGGAUAUGUUUUGGCAAACAAUAUGGUCUCAACAAAAGCUGAUUCCUUUUUUUCAUGUUCGCAUUGCUGUUAACAACGCGAGAUGAAACACGACUACUGAAAAAAUAAAAUAAACACUCGCGAAUGGGUUUGCUGCAGACCAAUUUUAGAUUUUCAGCUUGAAUAAUACAAUUGACUUGUACAUUUUCACACAUUUCAUAAAAAUCACCGACGAUGAUAUGCAGACGGGGCUUCGAUCGGUUAAUAUCGUUGAAUUUUGGGUCUCCGCAUUUUUAGUUUUGCGAAUCAAUAUUAUUCAAUAAAUAGCUCUCUUACUACUAAACACAUACUUGUCACUCCUGCAUUAUCACUCAAAAUAACUGUUUUGACCAAAUUUUCAACUAUACGUAUCAAACAACACAUUGAAAAUAGAUUUUUUUAAGAGCAGCACUUAGACACCUCAUCGUACUCCCAGUGAUGCCAACUCUCUUCUCAGUUCAUUUCAUCAACACUAGUGAAAAAGUCACUUUCGAGAUUUUCAUUCAUGAAAUAAGCAUAGACACUAAGAUUUGAUUCCUUUUAUCGGUAUUUUUUUUGACGAAAACUUUCGGUAAUCAAUAGAAAUAACAGAUAUUUCGGUACAUGAAUUUUAUUUUACAAAAAUUACGCUUAUUUUUGCCGGCCGAUCACUGCCAUACUUGCAUACCAGUCCCAUAUGGAAAAUCGGCAUGCCGAGAAAAAGACGAUUAAAAUUUUAUUUCCGAUUUUUUUUGAUUUAUUGUCUACCUAAUGCUAAAUUAUAUAUAUUACAACAAACAAAAUUAUUGAAAUUUGCACUGAAUGGGACAGAUAUGCGGGUACUUUGCAUAUGGGACAGACAGGAGUCGAUAUUUUUUCACAUUUUACUAAACAAACCAUCUACUUUUAUGGCAGUUUCUGAGAGUAUAUUGAAGAUAGAUUUUAUUUCUCAAUCUAACUAAAAAUUAACGAAAAUCGAUGUGGGAUUGAUAUGCGAGUAUGGGCAGAUCAGUUUUAUGUAAGUUUUCAUUACAGAAUUCUGUAAAUUGAUACACAAUCCAUACGGUAAAUAUGAAUAGUCGUCGAGUACGGUAAAAAUGUUCGAAUGAUGGAAUUAUUUUGCAAUAACCGAUUUUCUGUAAAUACUGAUUGUCGUGAACACUAACUGUUAAACAGUAAUUCAAAUUUUCAGUGUUUUUAUUAACCAAACGAAAAAAAUCUUGAAGGGUUCGUCGAAUGGAUUGAAGUACAGAUGCACAAGUUUUUAAAACAGAACUAUACUGUUUGUAUACUUAUAGGCACAUAUUUUUUUAAGGUAGAUGAGAGUGCAGAGUGAUUAUUAAACGUAGGCAAAACAAGAAACCAUACGUGAUGGUAUAUAAACAGGAAUUUUAUGUGAAAAAAUAAUCAUGCUAUCCUUCUCCACGUAUAUUGAAAAUACGAAUCUUAAAACUAACAACAAAUAAUUAAUUUAUGGAAACGUUAAAGUGUUUCCGAUUAUUUUAUUUAGCUUCAACGAAUGGAAACAAAGCAAAGCUAUGGUCGCCUAUUCGCCACAUUUUCACUUGUUCACUUGCAGGAGGAUAUCUGGUGGACUCGACGUAUUGUGCAGUGUUGUGAAAGGCGCUCAUAACUCCAGUCAACCCGGACAUUUUUUUCAAAACCAUAACCACAACUGAGACGAAUUUUCUUCAAUUUGUGUUAUUUUUUGAAAUCCAAAAUUCAUUUGAAUCCAGAAUUUUAACCAACAGAAAACAAAUACAGAAACAUUACCGAACCAUUCGUUAGAUCCAUUUGUUUUACAGUUUACGAUAGUUCUUUGACAAUUCAGCAAUAACCGAACGAUCGGUAAUCAAUUCAAUUACCGAACGUCCAGCUGUUGAAAAUUCGGUUUACGAAUUUCAACCCACAGACAUAUCGCUAAAGAGAUAAUCGAAAGGGAGAAGAGCCUUCGUUGGUAUUUCGAUACUGAAUUUCCACUACGCUUCAGUUCGACACCGAAAUGAUUCGUGCAAGUUUCAAUCGUAUUUUCAUCAAUAAACAAUCUGAAUCACUGAUAAAUAAUGACUUGGAUAUUUUUGAUACACGUAGAGUGGUUAAUAUGAAGAACGAAAACACUGUAGGAGCAGCGUUUGAAUUAGCGCAGCGGUUGCCUGUUACCCCUGUUACUCCUGCGUACGUUAUUCAAGCUAAAUUGGCUAAUAUUCAUUCACCCCUAUUAUGUCCUAGCGUAUGAUAUAUCAUACGCAAAACUUCCCAUAUUUUAAUACAUGUUUACUUAAGAAGUUUAGUACCUAACAGCUUUACUAGAGCACUAGUUGAUAGUUUACACUUCUGAUUUCUUUGUAUAUUAAAAUAGUUCUCAAGUGUCAACAUUUUAUUUGUAUUAUAACCUUGCAAAGCUCACAAAAAUGACCAAAGAAAAGUAAGUAACAUAUUUGUGUGAAUCUUAUGUUCAAAACCAUAGGUAGUUCCAUCUUUUGACAAACCAUUGCAAAAGAUUCAAAUUAAUUAUUUCCGAAGUGGAGUUUCAAAAAUAUAUGUUAAACAAUAAAAAAUUGUUGUUGACAUUUGAACGUAUGAUAUAUCAACAUAAUACAGCAGUAUUUUUCCCAAAGUAUAUCGUUAACCGAUGAACUCGAGCAUCCAAAUUUUAUGAUUAGUUGAAGUCUUUCGAAAAACUCUUGUCAUCAGCAAAUCAAAUCCAUUUUGUUAUAUCUUCGAAGUGUGGAAUAUUCAAAAACAUGACUUCAAAAAAUAAUGCUAAGGAUAGGGACCCUUUACGAUUUGAAGAACACGUGAAUAUGGAGUAGAACGUUAACUUAGAGAAGUAUGAAUACCUCCAAAACUUAUUAUUCAUUGGAAACACUAUCAAAUGAGCUUACGAUACUCCCUACAAAUCGUAUAAAUAUCUCAAAUAUCAUACCAAUACAAAUGGGUAAUUCAUUUUCCUAAAACUGAAGAAAUGGAAACAAAUGAGGUAAUUUUUUUUAUUUUUAGAUUAGACAGGUUUUAACCUUAAAGUCAUUCACCACUUUGGGCCAGAAAAACCUUCUGACCCUGUAUGCGGGGUGGGGAAUCGAACCCAGGUAGGCUGAAUAAGUAUAUUUUGGACGAAAUGAACUGAAUAUUUCCAUUUAUAUUGUCUCUAUCUCCGAUAGUAUUUCUACCGGUACUAUUUAAAAUACAUUGAAUUGUAUAUAUAAAUUCAACUCUUAAAAUAUAGACAUGUCUCUUAUAAUUUUGUUGCUACUGUAUUGUCCCAGCGUAUGAUAUAUCAUACAUAGGAUAAUUUCGUUUGGAAAAGGUUUUUAAUAGUGAUUUGGCAUUUCCCAACAUCAUCAACACUAAAUAAGAUAUUAUUGAUGAUAUCUGCUCAUUUGGUUCAAAUUUGGGAACCCCUGGGUUAUAAUGGGUUAUUAAGCUGCAUAACAUGCUUUGUGAUUGUUUUUAUUGUUAUUAAAACUAUUAUUAUUCUCAUCACUUGCUGCUUUUAUCAAUGGUAUUACUCCACCACCACGGUAUUGACGAAUAAAUUCCGAAUACUUCACCACAUUGAACAUUUUCAGAAACGUUCAAUUUUUUGUUCUUCGUCGAAUUAUACAUGAUUUCUGCAGAGUUGAUAUAUAACGGCUAUGACAAUUCAUUUCUCAAAAAUUUGCUCGGGAAUCAUAUCAGAUAUAUUCAACCAGCGAACUUUUUUUUGUCUGAAAAUCACUUGUGAAAAAUUUCGGUCGUGAUUUUCGAAACUAUGCGUUUUUCCAGAUACCCAGUGUUUCAUGUCAUAUACCCAGUGUUGGGUAUAUGGCACUCACACCUCUGGGCCUCGGUUCAAAAGUCGGUUUUCACAGUGAUUGCAUAACCUUUCUACACGAGAAAGGCCAAAAUUUAAACCUGGUUAAAAAAAGUUGAAUACUUUUUCAAGAAUUCGAAAACCAACGCAAAGCUAAAUUAAAAAAAAUACGUCAAUAUUCAAAAAAAGGUUUUUAAGUUAAACCUAAGACCACAUUUGGUGCAAAUUUGAUAACUGUGAAUUGAAAAUGAAGUUAGAGUUAUGACAAUUUAGCAAUAUUUGCAAAACUUCAGGUUUUUGAUAGAAAAUAGUAAUUUAAACACUAGUAUAUAAUUUUACAGAUUGAAAGAAAUAAAUCUACUCAUAACGACCUUUCUUCUAGAAGAAGCCGUUCUCCAGAUAUUUGAACAUUAAAGUAAAAAAAUUGGAUUUUUGUUGAAAUGCGCCGUUUCUUAUACAAGAGUUUAUAAGCCAAUUGAAUCAGAUUUUAGAUUUAUAUGUAAACGGUGAAUAAAUGUUCGUAGCGUAGACUUGUAAGUCUACGGGACUAUUUCAUGGCCAGUGCUUCAAUACUACGGACACUAAGAAUCCUUCCAAGUCAGGACUCGAACAUACAAAACCUGGCUCGUUAAGUUCGUUAUAAAAUGAACCAUCAAUCGAAUAAAAACCUUGAGUGCAAAAUUUGGAGUCGGAAUUUGCCAUGCAAAAAUCAUUUAGAAAUUCAUUGUAGGUACCGUACAACAAAGCUGAAUGAAAACUUCCGGUUUUUACAAGAAACAUGUUUCCAAGCGUGUAAUGCAUCAUUGUUGCCCGUAACAGAUUAUUCUCGAAUGUGUAUUUCGGUUCUUUUAUAAAAAAGUACAAGUGUGUAAUGUCAGAGACAUAACUGGAUGUCGUGAAUACGAAUAAAACUGACACUUUCACUUUAUACUAUCGAAUAUAAAUUAGUUGAUCGAUAGGCUACAGUACAGAUUAGCGUUGUACAAAACCUCAAACGCUCAGGUCGCAGAGCCAGUUUCCCUUCGAAGAAGAUCGAUUACGUCAUGUUGGUUGGUCGUUUGCAUUGCAGCAAAAUACCUGUUGUCCGUGGGUGCGAUAUUGAUAUGUGCAGGGUUGUUACGGUCGCGCGGAUUUCGCGGUUUUCGCGGAUUUCGCGAUUUUCGCGGAUUUGGCGCGGUUUCUGCUAAGAUUUUGAUGCUAUGGCGCGGAUUUAGCGCGAAUUUCAGAAAACAUCAUUCCAUAAAAUUCUUUGCAAAUUUUUGAAACUUGUGAGUUUUAUGAAACCCUAAAAAAUUAAAGAUGGGCGAACGUUUCAGCAAUUGGUCGAGAUGGCCGAAUUUUCCCUUGAUAAAACUAAAAUUUACUAGAAGGAGGUUCUAGCCAAUGUUUUCUUCAGUGGACAAAAUUUCGAUUUUAUGCUUUUCGAUCUCGAGUGAUACAAGUUGCUAUUUCAACAUUUUGCACCCAAGGAUAUUGAUGUCAGAUGGAAGAUAUCGUCUCAGUGAUAAUACAUUCAAUAAUGCAAAGAUUGCGAUUUGCGAUGCGAUUCUUCAAUAAUAUGGUAACAAAUUUUGUGUAUGAUAAAAAUCGAAUUCUUAAAGCAAAAUUUACACGACAUGCUUACGAAGCGAAGUCUGACAAUAAAAGAAACGAAGAAGUUCUGGGAUUCUAUUCGUGGUGAUAAGAAAGUGUUCUAAUAGUUAGUUGGUUCCACUAUCCAACAUUUUCAAUUGUUCUUUCCGUUCUGGAAUUUUUCCUGAAAUAUGGAAGAAAUCAUAUGUGAACAAGGGUAUAGUAUCCAACUACUUUGGAAUUGUUGCUUUGUGCGCUGUAUCGAAGCUGUUUGAAAUUAUAGUUCUGGAUUUUAUAACACAUAGUUGCUCUGACUACAUGUCAGAGACUCAGCUUGGAUCCAUGCCAAAGCUUUCAACUUCCCCUGCUGCGUUCGACGAAAUAAAUCAUCACAUAACGAUCUCCAAGUUAGGUAGACUGGGAUUAAAUGGAUCAUUUUUUAAUUGGCUUCGAUCAUAUCUAACUGGUAAUGAAAUGAUAGUGAAAAAAGGAGCCUGUUCAACCUCACCAAGUGCUGUUACAUCUGGAGUUUCUCAAGGAAGUCACCUUGGACCGUUCAUAAUUUUAUUGUAUCUCAACGAUUUAAAUUUUUCGAUCAAGUGUAUGAAACUAUCGUUCGCUGAUGACUUUCGUAUUUCAUAUUUCAAAAUUGUUUAAAUGCCACUAAAUGCUCCGUCGUCUCUUUUUGUAGCAAAAAGUCUGUAUUCAAGUUCGACUAUAAUAUGCCACAAACUGUUCUCGAAAGCGCAUCGUCUGUUAAGGACCUGGGUGUUCUGGAUGCAAGUUAAAUUUUAAAGAGCACAUAGAACUUUCAAUUGUUACAAUUUGACAUUCGACGUCGUAGUUUUCCUAUUUUUUUCUUCGGAUUCCCUAUGUUAGAACUAAUUAUGGAUAUAACGAGCUCAUUGCUAGCAUGUUCCGCAUAUUUAACAAAUGUUUCAAUUCUUUCGACUUUCAUUUAUCACGUAAUGUUAUCAAGAAAUCGUUUCUUAUGUUACUGUCUCAUUAGAUGUAGUUACUAUAGAAGCACUAGAUUUAAGCAAAUGUAUCAUUUGGAUGAUUUUGAUCUAUUGAUGCAAAAGAUGAGGAGUUUUUAUGCCUGCUGGAGAACAAAUUUGACAGAAACUAAUUCCAGUGGGCUUUUCCCUGAUUCAAAUAAAAGAAGAAAAGAUGAUUUCCUCCUCAGACAUUCAGAGUGAAAUCUGACAACAAAAGAAGGCGCUAUUAUAAUUGCAACUGAUACUAAAAAGAGUGAAUCAGAUCAUCCUGAUGUGGUCUACCUAAAAAUUCUUCUUACCAAGAAGGAAAUGUUUGCCGAGCAAAAAGAUGUCGAAACAAAAAACAAAUAUCUUCGAUGAAAUGUGUAAGCAUUUUUAUUUUUACUGUAACAUUUUCCGUACAUCAGAGAGUAUUAAUUAAGGAUCAAGAAUAAACCAAGUUAGCUUGUGUAUUACGUACAAUUUAUUCAGUACGUAUGUUAUAGAUUAAUAUAUGCAGUGCAACGAGUUUAUUAAAGUGACUUGCAGGAUUGAGUUUCAAACAAUCUUUUUUAACAAUAAUUUAUUCUCGAAUACAUGUUAAGCCUGACACUUUGUAUGAUAUAUCAGUUUUAAACAAUUUUUCACCAACGUUUGAUGGAAAAUUGCUUACAUUUUAUGAAUAUAGAUUUUAAUCCCUUAAUAAAAAAAGUUGACAACACUGCUUCAAAUCAUUUGUAUUAGAUUGCGCUACACAAAAUAAGCAAAACUAAAUAUUUUCUGUUACAAAAGUAGUAAAAAUAAAUAGUUUUACGACAACAUGCCAUUUCCAUUGCCUUUCGCGUGUUAAAUUAAAGGUUCCUAUUUUACGGGUUUACUUAUAAAAGCUACGGAAAAAAAUUCUGCAAUAGGAAAUCCAUAUAGGAAUGUGUUUGUUGCUAAUCAAAUGUGUCAGUGGAAGUAAGCGUUAACUGAGACAAUUUUUCUCGAGCAGUUUUAAGGAAAACCGAAGAGUCCUAGACUAAGACACUUUUCUUGAAUUGCAAUUUUAAGCAGAAUGAACUGAUUGGUUUAUUUUUCAACCAUAUGGAAGAUUUAUUGAUUAAAAUCAGUAAAAUAAGCGCCGGAAUUUGUUUUUACGCACAUAUUGUUGACAUUACUCAUACGCUUGCAAAAAGUCUUGCUCCUUAACUAAGGGCAUCGAAAAAGAUGAAGAAUAAAAAUGAAAUCGUUUUCAUUGGGUUUCUCGAAGUAACGUGCUGUAUGCGGACUUAUUUAUUGUGUUCAUAUGACAAACUUAUGCAGAUUUUUAAACUAUAUUUAAGUGAAUUUUCAAGUACUGCGGAAAGUAUCACCUGCAUAAAAAUAGUUGUCUAACGCUUCACUCGAAUUUUAGUUUUCAACUUCGCGCGGAUUUCGCGUGUUUUAGUGUUCGACUUCGCGCGGAUUUCGCGCGUUUUGAUUUUGAAAUUUUUCGUAACAACCCUGUAUGUGUUUUGUUGCAGUCUCCUGCUUCAUCCGCUUGCGGUAACAAGCUUUGUAUUUCGCUUGGAGAUUCCUCGAUCGCACCAUAAUCAACACGAUGACGACAGCCAAAUUCGAAAUGAAUGGCUUCUGAGCCGGUGCUAUGCAUUUUAUAUAGCAAAUCUGCAGAAAGUUUACUACAAACUACAACUGGUUGAAAAAUGGGCCGUAUACAGUAUAGUGAAGAAAAAUUUCGCAUAAUUCUUUGGAUAUUAAAUUAUGGUUCUAAAUGGAACCUUAGAGAAUUUUGAUGUCGACUAUUUCAUUUCAAAUUUCAAUAUUUUAGUAAAAGAUUCUAUCACAAUGCUGUACGGGAUUAAUUUCUGGCAUCCCAGAAGAGUCAAAUUGUAUAAUUUUCUAAGAUAUUAAAUACUGAUUGGAUAUAAACGAUUUUAAACUGUUGCAAAUUUAGAAAAUGGCAAAAAUCUGAUAAAAUUAUCCUAGAUUUUCACUACACUGAUAAUUUUAAUUUUCGAUUUUUCAAAUAAGAAAUCUUUAUAGUUCUUUAGGUAACAUUUAGAGCCAUUAAAAGGGCUGAUUUUGCAUAAUGUUCCACAUUGUUUUCCAUUUUCCGUUGUAUUUUGCUCCAAUGCACCAAACCACCAACAGGAUGAUGUAAUCGAUCUUCUUCGAAGGGAAACUGGCUCUGCGAGGUUUGUACAACGCUAAAGGCCUGCUCUUAUUACUAGCGACUGCUCAACCCGACGAUUGAAGUCCAAAUGAAAGCACAGCCUAAGCGUUUGAGGUUUUAUACCACGAAAACGGCCUGCUUUCAUUGCCAUCUAUUCCACCGGACGACUGAAGUUCAAAUGAGAGUUGCGACCUGAGCCGUUUGAGGUUUAUAACCACACAGAAGGUGCACCCUCCGAAGCUCCUGGAUGAUUAAAUCAUUCCCACGACGUCCGCUUCCAUCCAACGUACAAGAAGAUAUGAUCGAUUUUCGACCACGGUUCCCCUUUUAUACGCAGUCAGUUGAAGAUAUGUGCCUGACUACCUCAAAAUCGUCGUCCUUGCGCGAGAAACCCAAGCGAAAGUAAAGAGAUUUCCGCGUUGUUUUCAAAUUUUGAGAAAACUUAAUUUUUGAGUUAUUUGUGGUUAUCUCACAUUGUUAAAAAUUUUAUCCUAAAUUCCUGAUCAUAUUUUUGAUGAAAUAGUGAAAGAAUUAUGAUGCUGCCAUUAAUACAAGUCGAGAUAUUCACGAUUAAGUACAUAUGUACGAAGUACACUAAGGUCUCUUUUUGCACGGUUUUUUUUCCCACGGUUUUUUUAUACACGGCUUUUUUUACACGGUUUCCGGAAUUAACGCGGUUUUCUUUUACACGGUUUUCGCAAUUAACACGGUCUUAGAGAAGAACUUAGAAAUUACUCUAUUAAAAAAACGAUUUUUUCUUGGAUCGAUAAUAUAAAAGUGGUAAUAUAUCAGAUCGAAACAAUAAAACUAUAAUUAGAGCUAAUAAAAACACUUAUUUAAAUCAAAAUCAUUUUGCAAAAAAAUCAUUUAUUGAAUAAUUCUGUAUCAAAUUCUGUAUGUAGUUUAAUAUGUAUAAUAUUAAUAUUUAAUCGCUGUCGUAAAUAACACGACGCCUUCGCCCUGGAAUAGCACACGUUAAAUUUUCAACUUCGUCAUCGUUUGACCGAGAAUCUCGUAGAGAGGAAGUCUCUGUAACUGUUGAUUUUUCGAGGUUUUUCAACUCCUCUUCAUACCUAGCAAUACAAUAUUUCAUGUCACUUCUAAAUGAUAUAGCUCUUGCAGUAUUAUGAUCCACAUUGAUAAAGUGAGCAUCUGCUGCAUUGCACAUUGCAAUACCUGGUAAAAAGGGAUUAUAUAAGAGACAAUAAUCAAAAUAAUUAUAGCAAUACCUUUUCUAAUUUGAUCGGCAUUCAUUUGUCCAAUUUCUUCUUCUUCAACGUCGUCUAUUACAUCGGUACACAGAUCCUCAUCGGAUAUAACAGUGUCUUCCAGCAAUUCAUUGAUAUCCGAGGAGGUAAAAUUAUCAAAACCUGUACCUCCUACUGCAUGCGCUAGUAAAAUAAUUUCUCGAUCAUCAAAUAACGUUUUUCCAUCAUGUUCAACACAUUCUGGCCAUAAUGAUUUCCAACAAUUAUUUAGUGUAGACAUUUUCAUAGCUUUUAACGCUGUACCAAUGAAACGCACGCAUUCCCGCAUCGAAAACGUUUUCCAUGUUGUAAUUACCGUCAUAGAUUGGUUUUCGUCCAACUGUUCCAAUAUGUAAUUAAACGUUUGUUUAAUAUAUAGUUUUUUAAAGGUUGAAAUAAUGCCUUGAUCUAAUGGUUGAAUCAAUGAUGUAGUGUUGGGUGGCAGAAAAACUAUUUGUACUUGUGAAUGUUGAGGUGCGGUAUGUCCUGGAGCGUUGUCUAUUAUUAAGAGAACUUUGAACUUCAUUCCUUUGUUCUCCAGGUAUUUCUGAACCUCCGGAAUGAAAAGUUCUUUAAACCACUCUUCAAAUAUUGGUUUAGUAACCCAAGCUUUAGGAUUACUUCUCCAGUGCACAGGCAGCGUAUCGAAAUCUUCUCCUUUCAUCGAUCUGGGUCUCAUUGCCCGAUGAAGCAGUAGCGGUUUCAAUAUUUUAUCGCCAGAUGCGUUCGAACAAAACAGCAGUGUGACUCGGUCUUUUGCAGCUUUGAAUCCUGGCGCUUGACGUUCAGCAGCAGCUAGAUAUGUUCUGUUCGGCAUUUUUUUCCAGAACAGACCUGUUUCGUCCGCGUUGAACACCUGGUCUGGGUGAUAUGCUCCUUGUUUAAUAAUUGCCAACAGUUUUGCUGGGUAUUCCCGAGCUGCAACAGUAUCCGCCGAUGCGCACUCGCCUUUGACUUGCACAUUUCGGACGUUGUUCUUCCGAAUGAAUUUGUAGAACCAACCCUUGCUUGCUUUAAAUUCAGUACGUUUACCUGUCAAAAAAUUUUGUGUUUCAUAUUGUAAUAAAUAGUAGUGAAAGAGAUUUUAAAACCAUUAUGUUUACUGCUUGAUGCUUCCUCAUUCUCCAAAAGAUGGUAAAGACGUAAUGCCUUUUGUCUAAUUAUAUCCGCGUUAAUUGGAAUUCUUUUUUGUGCAUUGUCUUCGAUCCACAAGUAAUGCUUUUUCCAUUUUAUCAACAGCAACGUUUCGGGUAUAGGCUGCUCGUUUAGACGAGGAAUCCGUGCCAUUCGAGACUGCCUGUCUGAUACGAGAUUCAUUUCGCUUAAUGGUUCGGAUAGUUGCCUCAUUCAAUGACAGAGAUCUGCCAAUGGAUGCAGCCGUUUCACCAUUUGCGAGCCGGUCUAAAACAAUUAUUUUGUUUUGAAGCGUGAUCGACUUUCUGGUUCUGGGAAUCAUUUUAUCAGAAUUCGAUGCCAUUGUUUGAUUCUGUAAUCAAAAUUACUUGGUAGAAAUAUAUAAAAAUUAAAUGUAUAAAGCACACCAUUUCCAUUAUAUUGUACUUCUUCGAAAUAUUCAACCACAUGUAACCUACCUCGCUAAUUAAUUGAGAACGAAAUCAAGCAGGAACGAUUAAUAGUAUCGAAAAAUAUGAACGUACCGAUCCGGCUAAUCAGAAACCGCACACUUUCACAAUUUUUAACUAAAACUUUCGCGGAGGCAGGUAUGACUGGUACACAACAGAAACAAUUCUCUUCGGUUUUGGAUUAAGAAUGAUACUUGAAAUUCAAACUACAGCGGUUUUAUACAGGAUUUGGAACAGAGUCCUUUUGACUUAGUCCUUACAAAUGUAAAUGAAGGGUGAUAUAAAAGGUUAUUGUUACGAUUUUAUUUAGUUUGUCAUGCGUGAAUUCAUGUUAUUUGCGUAGAUCGAUGCGGAUCCGUGAGGACAAUUAGCGUGACACAAAAAUUGAAAAUAAAAGCGUUUUGUGGAUUGUCUCGUUGAUAAUAGAGUAUAUCACGAGUAUGACAAUUGUUGCUUCGCUGUUAAUGCGUUGGCGCACACGGUGAGGUACAGCACAUCGAAGAUGCUACACGUACCAAUCGAUUGUUUUCGGAAUUAAUACACUUGUUGAAUGUUUUCUAAAAUUAAUGCGAUUUUCACAAGAUUUUUUUUACACGGUUUUCGCAAUUAACACGGUUUUUUUUAACACGGUUUCCGCAAUUAACACGGUUUUUUUAACACGAUUUUUUUUAGCACGGCACGUAACCCCCGUGCAAAAAGAGACCUUAGUGUACAUAGCAUACAAAGGUUUUGAUUUUGUCAUAAAAAAAUCACUUGAAAAUUCGAGUAGUGAAAGUUGACAUUCGACUAAGAUAAGUUAAGCAAUUCCUCCGUGUGUAUGUAUGUGUAUUGUAUGUGUCAAAUAAUGUCACUCAAUUUUUCAAGUAUGACUGCACCUAUUUUCCCAAAUAAGGCUCAAAUGAAAAGGCCGCAUAGGUUACUAUUGAAUUCAAUCCGGAUCUGACUUCCGCAGUUUAAGAAUGUCGAAAACUUUCUGCUGUCAUUUAGACUGCCCAUACUUGCAUAUCUGUCCCAUAUGGAAAAUCGGCAUAAAAAAGACGAUCAAAAUUUUAUUCUCCAAUUUUUUGAUUUAUUGUGUCACCUAAUUCCAAAUCACGGUAAAUUUAAAUGACGCGUAUAUGACACGAAGAUGUCUCGUUUAUUUUCAAAUUCCCAGUUUUGGUACCGAUCAUCCCUUCAUUUCGAAACAAGAAGUUGGAUGUGGAUGAAGCUAAAUGGAACCGGUCGAUGUGUCCAUUCACAUACACACAAACAAGCAUACUUAUACCAGGGCCACUUUUACAGAAGGAUAGUGGGGCACGUGCCGCCGGGCCCACAGUCUUAGGAGGCCCUUGACGGAAUCCAAAGAGCAAAAAAAAAGUAAUUAAGUUAGUAGUUAGUUAGGGUUCACAUAUUAAUCUUUCCUAGGGGCCAAUUAAUACGUUAAAAGCUUAACGAAGUGAAUCGAAUGGUAUAUUACAAGUGUCUUUCGGGGCCUCCAUUCGAAAUUCGUUUCAUCUAAGGGCUCUCCGAAUCAACUUCAUGGGUGCGGACCUUGUACUAAAAGUUACUAAAAGUUCUGCCACCUCAACGAAAAAGAACUCAAUUACAAGGUCCGGAGAGUACAUAGAAACUUGCAUUGAGAGCAAAGGGAAAGACCUCGAUGAAGCUAUAUUAAUAGGCACUGAGUUCCAAAAAAAAAAGAUUGAAAACUUAUUUUUGUGAAAUGUAUGAAAACAAAAGCGGUUUAUUGAACAUCGGUUCUCAAAGGUAGUAACAAGUUUGAAACUUAAUGUUUUCAUACUCUCAUUCCUUAAACUGCUGGCAAAAACUAUGUGAAUAUUAAAUGAACAACUAAAUUUAAGCUAUUUUAAAUAAAUUUAAGCUAUUAGUUGAUUGAUUCUUAAGUGAAAAAAAAACAAGAAAUCGAUUGAAAAUACUAAAUUUGUAACAAGUUUUGGGUAAACCAAAAAAAUUUAUGUUUUUGGGAAAAAUAAUGUUUUCAUUGUAUUUUUUUAACACUUUGAUCGAAAAGCUGAAAGCACCUGUUAACUUAUAAGAAUAUUGUAAAAGUUUCCUAUUCAAUUUUAUGGUCGAAUAAUAUUCAAAGUACACCAAACAUCUUUUUUUUUUAUAAUAAAAUUUUUAUUGGGCUCAUUUGCGUUAGCUUAACGUGGCCGAUUAUCUUGUUGUUAGGUGGAUAUGAGUGGAAGCCGUAUUAUGGGGCGACCUGCUUUCCACCAAACAUCUUAUUAGACUAUUAGACUAUCGUAUUCUAAAAUUUCAACGAAAUCGGUGAGGCACGCUGUACGUACCAAAGUGUGCCGACAAUUGGUGGAGUGACGUUAAAAACACCAAAUAAUUAAAUAGUUGUGGAAGGUAGCUACGAUUCGAUCGAAAAAUCAAAACGUCGAUAUUCAGAAUAAGUGUGCAUAAGACAUUUUCGAAGGAAUAAGAAGGAAGUAUUAAGGAUCGAUACUUUAGAAUUUCAAAUAUAUGAACCGUUACACAAAAAUCAAUGUUUAUUUUUCAAUAUUCGCUAGAUAUUAAAACUCAUUGCCUUCGCCGACAGCAUAUAUAAAUCUAAAACAAUUUCUCCAUUUCAAAAUGGUAAUGUGUAAUGAAACCCUAAUGUUUCGUGCAAGAGUAAUUCCAACAACGUAAUCGUAAUGCACUAGCACCGUUUCAUUGAGGCAGCCGAAAUAGUGCGAGCGCACUUUGAACCACAGCUCGUCUCCAGAAACAGCUGGUUUAUUGUUUCAAGAGACAUUUAUGAGACAGCCGGCUCGUGACAGCCCUUCGUUACAGUAAUUCCCUAAAAAUCAAAGGAUGUCAUCGAUUUUCAAAGGCUGUCGCCGUAAUAUUUUAUGCGAAUGAGCGAACAUAAAGAAACAGGAUACUAACAGCCCGUUCUGUUUGACUACUCUUCGGAUAGAAUACUCUUAUCGAACUGGAAGUAAAAACUGUCUCAGUGACAGCAUUCAUUUAGGCAUGCGAGCGCUGUUGCCAUUACAGUUCGGCAUAUGCUUCACAUGUACUGUAGACUGUGGCUUUCAACUUCGCGCUCAAACAGUCCAUGCUGUCUUGUGGCGGCUGUCAUUGAAAAGCAGUACUGCUGGAAAGCCUCUGCUGGACAUCACACGAAUGAAGUCCCUACUCACAUCCAGCCCCCUGAACCAUGCCUUUGUCGACAUUUUAGGGAUAAUUGAGUGUAUCCACCGACCCAGAUCAUCUCUGUCCCAAGAAGUUAGCCAGCUGGCAAGUGUUCUUUGGCGAGACGCGCUAUAGAAUUCGUUGAAACCAAUCGGUCUCUCAUAAAUUUCACCCACAAUAGCACCACGUUUGGCUAAAAUAUUGGUUCUUUCAUUGCCUGGAAUGGAGCAAUGAGCUGGAAUCCAAACUAUUGUGAUUUGAUAAUUAUUAUUCAAUAUGUCGUUCAGGCACUGUUUCAUUUUGCCCAAGAAAAACGGUUCAUUUUUGCUAGCAACGUUUUAGCGAAUGGCUUCAAUUGCACUCAGGCUCUCUGUGAAGAGAAAAUAAUAGUUUGGAUAUAAUGUGACGAUUACAGUCAAGCUAUAAUGAACUGAUGCUAACCCUGCUAUAUAAACAGAUGCAGGUUCUUGAAGCCUAAAUGAGACUGAAUCAUUAUUGUUGAACAUACCAAACCCAGUAGCCUCUUCAAUUCGUGAUCCGUCCGUGUAAAACAUUUUCUCAGAGUCAAUAUGCUUGAACUUACUUGAAAAUGUUUUUGGGAUUUCCAUCGAGCGUAGGUGUUCCGGGAUUCCACGCACUUCGCGCAGCAUGGAUGUGUAGAAAAAUAUCGUUGAAUCAGGAACAUUUAGGAGGCUUACACUGAUAGGAAUAUAUCUUGAAGGGUUGAUUUCCUGUGACAUAUGGUUAAAAUAUACUGUCAUAAAUCUUGUUUGAGAUUGAAGCGCGACUAGUCUUUCGAAGUUACUAAUAACCAGGGGAUUCAGUACCUCAUAUCUUAUUAGCAGUCGCGAUGAAAGAUCCCAAAAAUGAUUUUUCAAUGGAAGAACUCCCGCCAGAACUUCGAGACUCAUUGUAUGUGUCAAAUGCAUGCAACCUAAGGCAAUUCGAUACAACGAUACGCUCAAGUUUGAUAAUAUGAGAGUUUGCAGCGAAACGAAAACAAGCGCAUCCAUAUUUCAUGUGUCUGAUACAAUUUUAUUAGAUCUUCCGGAUGAGCACCCCACCAAGAUCCUGUUAUUGUUCGAAGAAAAUUUACUCUUUGUUGGAAUUUUGUUAUCAGAUACCUAAUGUGUCCUCCCCAUGUGAAUUUGGAAUCAAACCACACCCCGAGGUAUUUGAAAGUCAAAACCUGUUGGAUCAUUCUUUCCAUCAUAUGAAGCUGAAGCUGCGCGGGAUCAUGAUUUCUUUAAAAGACGACCAGCCUUGUUUUCUCCGCAGAGAAUUCGAUACCCAUAUAAACAGCCCAAACGGACAAGUUAUCUAAGGUAUCUUGCAAUGGUUUUGCAGAUCAAUAGCUUUGGGUCCAGUAACUGAAACCACGUCAUCAUCCCCCAAUUGUUGUUUUUGAGCGAAGGCAAUUUGGAUGUCAGACGAAUGUAAUGCAAGCAAUCAUUCGUCCCUUUAUAUCUACGGAAGCCAAACUUAGUAUCUGACAACAAACCGUUCGUCUCGACCCAAGUUUCGAGACGUCGAAGAAUAAUUUUUUCGAACAAUUUUCUGAUGCAGGACAACAUUGCAAUGGGUAUAUAUGAGUUGUGAUUGGAAGCUGGUUUCCCCGGCUUUUGAAUGGCGUUAACUUUUAUUUGCCUCCAGUCAGGUGGAACAAUAUUUUGUUCAAGAAACUUUUUGAACAAUUACAACAAACGUCUUUUUGCGAAAUCGGGCAGAUUCUUCACCAAGUUGAAUUUAAUUCUGUCCAACCCAGCAGCGUUAUUGUUACAAGACAUGAGUACUAGGAAAAUUCCAUUAUUGAAAAGGGGCUAUCAAUGGAAUCAUUGUUUGGACAAGCCUCCCAAAUAAUGCUCUGCGGAGGAACAUAAUCUGGACAAAGUUUCCUCGCAAAAUCAAAUAUGCAUCGGUUCGAGUAUUCCUAACUCUCAUAUCCUACGUUAGGAUUCCUUUUUCGUCUGGCCGUAUUCCAAAGAGCGCUCAUUGAGUUUUCUCUUGACAAACCUUCGACAAAAUGUCUCCAAUAGCUGCAUUUCUUGGCCCGAAGUAUGUUUUUGUACAUGGUUUCUAAAAUCGAGAAUUUUUCAAAAUUCUGAGGUGGUUCUCCUCCUCGUUUUAAAAAUGCCUUGAAAGCAUUUUGUUUCGCGUGUUUAGCAUCUGAGUAAUCUUUGUUCCACAAGGGUUUGGAGGCCUUCUGUAGCGUAUAUGUAAAUAAUAUAUAUGAAUAAUUAUUAAAGAUAAUUGAGGUUUACAUUUUUGAUGAUCGUAGGAGUACAAAGUGCAUCGUCAUUCGAAAACAGUUUGAUGUGGAUUGUGAUUUUGGAAAUUGAAACGAAAGUGUACUUUAUUCGGCCGUGCUUCGUUCGUAUUAUUUUUGCAACACUAACAAAAAUACAUAGUCGUGAAUGAACGUCUCUGUUUAGUCCACUCAUAUAAUUGUUUGGCAUUUGUGAUGUAGAAUGUUUAAGUAGUUUGUCAAGCUCUCACUUUAAAUUACCACCAAGUACAUCACAUGGUCCUUUACCGCAAUAUGUCACCCAAAAUGACACUCAGCAUCAAUGUUAUACUUGAAUUUAAUUUUAGACUUGCAAUGUUUUGGCAUGGCCGCGUUAGAUAUUUUGCCAUAAUUUUGAACGCUAAUAAUUCAGCUGCUGGAUGGAUUUAUAUAAUAUAACUACAAAUCGAUUCAGAAACAUUUAACUUAGACAUGUAUGGUAACGUUUUUCAGUGUUUCAAUAGCAUACUUUUGAAAAAUUGGAUAGAAUCCACCUAUGUUUUCACUAACCAACCACAGCAAGGCAAAUAAUGUCAUACUAUUGAUUUUUCGUGCACGGCCGACGGUUUCGAUCGUUGGUCUGUACCUAAAAUUUUAUAUAGUAGCAGAUCUGCUUUGUUCGGUAUAGGGAGUAUUUACGUCAUGCAAUAAAAUGUAUUGUUCCCUUCUGCAUCGCAUGAACGUUCGCACAAAAGGAAAUCUAUAAAUAUAUGCAAUCUUUCAAUUUAAUUCUAGUCGGCAGCCAGCCGUCAACGAAGCAGGUAGCUUGUCGCUCGCUGGAUGCUUGCGGAUUAACAACAAUUUAAUAAAAACCUAAGCAAAUAUUUUCAAAGUUAGUAUUUCUUAUUAAUUUUUUCCGUAGAAUCGAUUUAUGAUAGAAGAUCCGCAUACUCGUUUUGCUCCAAUUUCUCUUUUUGUUUGACUUUAUUUCGAAAACUCACUGUGAAACUCUGAAAAAAAUUAUUUUUUUCAAUCGAAACGUAAGGUUUUUAUAGUAUUGACCGCUACAUCGUUUUACCCCAAUUUUGCCACAAAUAUAAUUCUACGUUGAAUUCAGAUUUAAAAUCCCGAAGCAGAUCCAAUAUGACCUACCAAUAUUGGUCCAUAUUACGUAAAAAACUUCAGUGAUCCAAGUACACAUAAUGUGAAUGACAGUACUAACCUGUUUAACCCCAAUUUAUGUCAUAAGUUGUAUAUCUGAGUGAACUAUUUUUUUCGUAUUUCGAAAGCAGGCUGAUUGCGGUUGAUGGAAAUCGAUUGAUGUUACGAAAAAAGACCUAAAAAUAAGAUUACAAAUAGAUUCAAUGACCUCACGAACCCCAAUAGAUUUUAUAUACAAAAAACUCAAAACGCGUUUUUCUCGAAAGUAGGUUUUGAAAGUCCGUGUCCAUCGUCAUUAAAAAACUGCUGCACCAAUUUUGUUCAAAUUUUGCACACACUUUCUACAUAUAAAAAACCAGACCCCAAUAUUCUCCUUUUCGUUGUUUGUUACUUUGGGGAGAUUUAACAGCUACAAAAUGGUGGAUUUUUUUCGUGAAAAAUCGUAGUUUUCACUUUAAACAACCACCAAAAAUUCAAAAAAUAAAAAAAAUCAAACAAACUUCUACUCUAACUUUGCUGCUUUGAUUUAUUCACUUCUGAUAAGUCUGCGCUGAGAUACAGUGGACACCGCAAAUCAUGAUUUAUAUGACAUGCAAAACAUGCAAAACAUUUGGACAUUUAUUUUUUUCAUCAUUUACACUGUAUACCCCUCCUCCCCGCCAUGAUUAAAACGGAUUGAUAUUGCGAAGAAAGACAUAAAAAUAAGAUUAAAAAUGGAUUCAAUGACCGCGCGAAUCUUGUUAUACCGUUUUACUCCAAUUUAUUUCAUAAGUCGUAUAUCUGAUUAAACUUUCUUUCGCAUACCGAAAGCAGGCUGAUUGUGAUCGUCGUCGUCGAAGAGCAAUGAUGAGGAUACAGCCCUUUCUCCCAUCGAAGUAUUUAUAUUAGAAAAGAGGGUAACAAGUAAAAAAUUAGAUAAAGCGGAUUAAACGAUGUAUUUGGAUCAUUGAAGUUUUUCACGUUAUAUGGACCAAUAUUGAUAGUUCGUAUUGGAUCUACUUCUGAAUUCAAUAGAUAGUAGAUAAUAUUUAUUAAAUGGAUCAAUUAAAAAAAAUGGUGUAAAACGGUAUAACAUGAUUCGUGCAGUCAUUGAGUCUUAUAUAAUUUUAUUUCUAGGCCUUUCUUCGUAAUAUCAAUCGUUUUAAGCCAACUGCAGUCAGUCUGUUUUCGGUGUGCGAAAAAAAGUUUAACCAGAAAUACGACUUAUGAAAUAAAUUGGGGUAAAACGGGAUCACAAGAUUCGUGCGGUCAUUAAAUUCAUUUGUAGUCUUAUCUUCAGGUCCCUUUUCGUAAUAUCAAUCGAUUUUAAUCAACCGCAAUAAGCCUACUUUCGGUAUGCGGAAGAGAGUUUAACCAGAAAUACGACUUUUGAUAUGUAUUGGGGUAAAACGGGUUAAACAGGCUAGUACUGUCAUUCUCAUUGUGUUUGAUUGGAUCAUAGAUGUUUUGUACGUAUUGUGAACGAAUAUUGAUAGAUCGUAUUGGAUCUGCUUUUGGAUUGUAGAUCAUAUUUCAACUGUAUAUUAUAACUAGAAAGGAAUUGGGUUAAACGGUACAACGAGUUUUUUGCUGUCAUUAAAACUAUAUGCAAUCGAUUUGUUACACUUUUUACCUUUUUUAUAAAAAUAAAAAAUAGGUAUAGAAUUCGAAUUACUUUGUUAAAAUCCGUACAUUUUUAACGGAGAUAUCGAAAUUUUUGUGUAAGCGACUUUUUCCCCUAUUUCAGUAGUAGUAGUUCUGAGCGCUGUCUGACAAAGAAAUGCUUGGGAGCAACAUAAAAUACGAUUUUUUAUACUGUUACAUACAUUUGUUUCUAAGUACCCAAAAGACUGUGUACAGCAUGAUAUUUUGCCUCGGACCGAUUUUAGCACGGUUCGUUUUUGGCAACAUAAUCGUUCGAAUAUGCCAUAUGUAAAUCAGAUGAUGGCAGAAUUUUCGAGUUGAAAGCAAUUCCAUAAUUAUAUUGAUUUAAACUAUUAACAGCAAUAAAUGCUGGAAGAACAUAACAGCCAUAUUCCAUUCGAAUCAGUUCGUCGAGAUUAGCAAAUGCGUGUGUGACAAAUAAUUUCACUCAAUUAUUUUCGGAGAUGACUCAACCAUAUUCUACAAACUCAGAUUCAUAUAAAAAGUGGUAUGCUCCCAAACAAGGUUCCUGAAUUAUGUUUGGUUUCGACCUCUGGUUCCGGAGCUGCAGGAUGAUAUGUGAAACCAAAUUAAAACUGAGUAGCUCAUUUUUCUCGUAGAUGACUGACCCGAUCUAAGAUUCAAAUGAAAUCCAAGAAUUAUCUAAGAUUCAAAUGAAAAGUUUUAAGAUUCUAUAAAACAUCUUGUUUUUCAGUCAGAUCCAACUUCCAGUUUCGGAGAUACAGGGUGAUUAGUAUAAAAAUGUCUAUUUCACAUAAAUUGAUCAGGUUUAUCGGGUUAGCAGAUUUGGAUUGUCGAUAACCAAAUAAACUUAUUUCAUUUUUGGUUGUAUUCAGAUUUUGUUUCGGAAGGCACCCAAAAAUUUAAUUCGCACUACGAUUCCUCAAAGAUGUCUACAUUGAUUUUCAAACAUUUUGAAACUACUACUCAGGUGAAUUUGUCUGACUUCGGCUACACCGAAUUUCUAACUCCUGUUCCAGUAUCGAAUCGUUUCUCAAAGCUCAAUCGUUUUCUCAAAAAAAGUCAAAUCGAAACAAAAGUUAAAAUUAAAAUAAAUCCAAUUUUAUGCAAUUCUGACUUCCGAUUCUGGAAUUGUAGGAUGAUGAAUUUUUAAAAUUCAAAGCGAUAUAGAAGAUGACAAUCCCGAAAAACUUUAAAGUUGGACUCAAAAAUAUUGCAAUUUAUUCGUCAUAUGGUCAUACGAAUCGGUUUGGGUUAUGCUGGUUCCUGAAUACCGGCUCUGGAAGUACCUUAAAUUACCCUAAACUCUAAAGUGGAAAUUACUUCGACAUGUCAUGGAAUGUUUAAUCGAUUGUUACACUUUUAGAUUCAAAUUCGAUCCGAUUUGCAGUUUCAACAUUACAGAGUAAUGAGUGAUUAGAAUCUCUAAUUGCCACUUAAAACGACGGACAUUAGAAUAAUGUCAUGAAAACUGAAACACCGAAGAAUAUUCAUGCAAAAACCACAUGCGGAUAUAUAAAAAAGGUAUCAUCUCACUGCUAGGUGGAUUAAGCACGUUUUUUACAUCAGAUUUGUUAGACUUUUUUACAUAAUUUUACUGACCAUUUAACACCAGAAAAGUAAACCGUCUUAAGAAAAGAAAUGAUAGGUUCCUUUGGAUUCCACUUAUGAUAAAACUAUUUCGUUAUGAUACUAACCUAAUAGUGAACGUAUGUUUUCAUAAGUGGAAUCCAAAGGAACUUAACAUUUCUUUUCUUAAGACGGUUUAGUUUCAUUCCACUAACCGCUCAAAAAUUCAAAUUUUGACCAAAAAAAUGUUUUGUGGUCAGCUGUAUCAUGCCUCCAAAAAGAUGGUCUAGAUUUUGGUCAAUUUUGCCCCACUGUGCGUAUGUCAAAUAUCUGUUCGUUUAUGUGGGUGUUAUGAUCGGUCAUUUGACAUAAAUACUGUUUCUAGAUUUAAAUCCUUCUUAAAAAUUUCUUCAAUCCACCUAGUGGUGUAAUGAUUCCUAGCCCAUAUUGUUUAUAUUUUCAAAAACAUCACUAAAAAAUUUUGUCAAGAUUUUUUUUUCAAACUUGAAUAAAAUCAAAAACUUUCUUUGUGUAUAAACUACCAUAGCCUUUUGAAUUUGUAAACAGUUACGUCAACUUAAUAUAGAUUUAAAUGUGGCAAUCCUAAUCUAAUCUAAUGCUAUUGCCCUAUGAAGUGUGCUGGGUCCGCUAGUAUAUUUAUAAAUUAGUAUCCCUAUUCGCAUAAAACAGUUCACCAAGGUAUGAAUGUGCAAUAUAAAACUCGGAUUACUUAUUCAAACAUGGCUACAUGACAAUUUCCGAGAAACAACCACACAAAAAAUAGAAUUAGACAGCAGUUAGGGGUAUAUUUUGUGUCACAAUUUUUUUUUCGUGAAUCCACAUCUUAGUUCUAAAACUAGUGGAGUGCUUAGAUCGAACAAUUUUGUCCGUCAAUAUGCGAAUUUAGAACCAUAACAGUGCUGAGUUGCGGUUUAUUGGAUGCAUGGAUUCUAAAAAUUAACAUGUAUUGAUUCUCGAUUUUCUGUUACUUAUUUGCCUAAUAUAUGUAUAUAAUAGAUACUUUUGAUGACGAACGCUAUUAUCAAUCAAUUACGCCGACACCAGCAUUACCGGUUCCUUCCACAAUUCAAGCCGUGGCACCUGCGACAGCCGCUACGACUGUGAUUACAACAGACAAUACUUUUCAAUCGGAGUACAUUCCUGUUCCGAGAGAUGAGCGCUACGAGUUUCCAGGAAUUAUAUCACGCGACACUCGUAUGUAUGAAACAAGCCUGGUCGCGGGGACAGAUAAUAUUUCAAAUCCCGUUCCGUUAUAUCGUGAUGAACGACAUUAUUACCCUGUUAGCACCAUAACUAGCUCAUACAUCUUAGAUAAUCGGCAAUACGAACAAUCGAUUAAUUCCACUAUGAUGCAUGAUCGAUUAUACCAACCAAAUACGCACACAAUCACAAGCGGGAUGCUUUACAAUGAAAGGCACUAUGAGGCUGCCACUAAUCCAAUUGGAAGCCUAUCGAAUCUGGCAACUGCAAGUGACUGUCACGGAGUGGAAAUGAUGAUGAGACAAGAUGCUACAGUUGCAGCUACUACUAUCGAACAUGAUUCGGCGGAAGUGUCGUGGGGUCGCGCAGAAAUGGAGCGUCAGGAUGAAAUCGACCGUCAAUAUCUCGUUCUUUUACCUCGCGAAGACAAAAUUGAACCACAGGACGAGCUGUGAAUGUCCACUAUUUGCCAUUACUAUUACUACUAUUACUACUACUAUUAGAACUUAUUACCGUUAUUGAUACCAAUACAUUUGUACGUGCUAACAAUAUUAUCAUUACUACUAUUACUAAUACUAUUACUAUUAUUAUCACUACUACUAUCGGUUGCUGAUUGCCUUAUACAGAAACAAAUAAACACUUAAAUACUUACUAGUAAUGGUUAAAGAGUAACAAAACAUAAAUAGUUUUUUAAGACAGCAAGUAGCAGUUUGAUGGAUUUAUAUUUGGAAAAUGGCAACAAACUUAUUGCUGAAAUAUACAGGCAUUAACGUUAUUCUAAAACUUAAAUUAAGAAACACUGAAAAAUAAGCGAACAAAGUAUACUAAAUGAAUUUGUACGUUAAUUGUUUUCAAGUUUUUUUUUGUUUCUGAGAAAUUGAAUUAGGGACAAUAAUUACAACGAAACAGUAUGCAUUACAAACUUAGGGCGUUCAUAGUAGUAUUUAAAACAUAAAAUACUCAGUAAUUCAAAAGGAAAAAAUAUUAUCGAACCACUUAAGGAGAUGAGAAGAAAAUUGAUAUAGAGAUACCAUGCCAAGUACUUCUGAAAUAACCUAUAAAUAAGAAUUUAUAUUGGAAACAAUAACUUGCCUUAAACAUAAUAAAUAUAUAUAUUUACACCAAAUAACAUUAGAAUAUUUAAAAUAUGUAAAUGAGUCGUAUUUUUUUGUAAAUAAACAUUGCUCCUAUUUUUAUUCUCAUGUGAAUCACAUGGCACAAGCGUCUAAUGGGAGACCCGAAGAGUUAAAUGUAUCAAAUUUUGUUGGUAUAACAUGUAAUAAUCCAUUUUGAAUGAUAAUUUCAUUAUUUUUUGAAAGAAAAACAAUGUGUAAAGUAAAACUUCUGUUAUUAGGUUAGAAUAGUUUCCACUAUUCUAUUUGUUGAUUUCAGUUUUAUCAAGCGAUUUUGCAGUACUGUUUUACUUUAGAAUUCUGCAUUUUUACCAAAUUUCGUAAAUCAUCUAUAUUGUUAUGAAAUACAAAGCAAAACUGACGAUAGUCAUUUCAUAAAAAUGUUUAUCAUAUUGCAAAAUGUUACUAAAUUGAGUAGUUGUAUUUUGUUCCAACCGAUCAUUGUUAUGCUGUUGCGUGAAAUUGUACAAACUAGAUUCAAUGCUAGUCAUUCGUUUUUCAAACAUAGUUUUAGUUAUCAGCACAUACAAAUUAACAUUUUAUGCAACCUGAUGUAGUAGUAAUCUUCAAAACUCAGAAGCAAAAAUUGGAGAACAUGUUCUCGGAAUUGUAGUGAUAUUUAGAGAAUAUUAAUAUACAACUUGAUAUAUACCAAUGAUAGGCUAUCACCAAUGAUAGAAUCUAAUACGCCUUCCAAUAUUCUAUAAGCAGCUAAUUUUUUGAUAGUCUUAGAAGAUUAUUCAUAAUACUUUAAACGCAGUAGUUUUGGAUAGUGUUGAGCGAAAGGAAUACUCCUUUGUCAUAUAUUAAUAAUAUGCAGAUUAUUAAAAAUAUACAAUCGUA